AUGAACAAUUCACAGCCUUCCUCCAGAACCGCCACGCCGAGUCUCCAGCACGCCACAAACUUCCCGACCCUCAAGCAAGCACAGCACUCAUUAUGUACCGUCGAAAACCUCUCAAUCCCAGUCGGCGGCAUCGGCAGAGUCCCAGGCUUCCUCCAUUUACCUGCAGGCUAUGCCCCAACCCAGCCCAACAGGGUACCAGCAGCAGCGAUCCUCCUCUCCGGCGCCGGUGGAGGCGUCACAGGUCCUUCAGCAAUGUAUCUAUCCAUAGGCGACAAAUUGGCCACUCUGCAACGCGGCAUCCCAACCCUAAGGCUGGAUUACCGGUACCCAGCAGACACGAAUCCCUGUGUCAAAGACGUGCUUUCAGCAAUGGAUUUCAUGGAGGAAAAGUACUCUAUCAACCGCUUCGUCCUGGUGGGAUGGUCUUUCGGUGGCGCGCCAGUAUUCACGGUCGGUGGGCGGGAGAGCGAAAGAGUGGUCGGAUGUGCUACAGUCGCCAGCCAGACCGCCGCAACAUCGGGGAUCAAAUACCUGCCACCGCGGCCGGUCCUGUUUCUGCACGGCACGGGAGAUCAGACAUUAAGUCAUCGUUGCUCACAAGAUUUGUACGACUGGUACGGUCCAAAAGGUGAUCGGGCAUUGAAGCUGUUCAAGGGAGAUAACCAUGCACUGAGCCGAAACACAUUAGAGGCAGAGGUGAUGCUGUGCAAUUUCAUCGCAAAGUGCGUCGGUGUGAGUAUCGAGGAUGGUGACCAGGACAAGAUAUUGGGCAAGCCGCUGGUGCCGGACGGCAAGAAGAUACAGCUGAUGGAGAAAGGAGGAGAUCUCAAAGGCGACGAACACGUUGAAUAA